ACCUUCACCCUUCAACCUAACGCAAUCAUGUAUCCGUGAUCUCUUCCUUUCCCCCACUCCGCCUCAUUGCACUCAAUAGACCUUAUCACACGAUCGCUAUCUCAUGGCCCACUGGCGGGAAGAAUACUCCGCCGCUCUGGCAGCUCGCGAUCGUCGUGAGAAAGCCAACACAGCUUUAUAUGAUGCUUAUACAAAUCUAGCCGAUCGAACUGCUCGCUCAGCAACGACAAGCUCAACCAACCCCACCACAAGCACAAGCACAGCCCUCCCCCCCGCCUCCACCACGACCGAACUCUCCAACAGACACUACCAUCCCCAAACCCCCAGCAGCACCACCACCACCAUCACCAGCACAGAAGAAACCCUUCUUGCAAGCACACGCGCCGACCUUGCCGCCGCACAACGCUCGCGCACCUCGCUCCAAACCCAGCUCACACGCGUCACCGCGGACCUCGACCGCCUGCGCAAGCAAUCCACCCAAAACACUAAGCGGAUCCAAGCGUCCGAGCAGGAGAUAGCGCGUCUGCAGAUGCGGCUGAAGGAUCGGGAUGAGGAGCUGAGGGGGAAGGCUAAGUUGCUCGAAGAUUUUCAGGACGAAAUGGCUACAUUGAAUCUCCAACUCAACAUGGCUGAGGAACGGAAGGCGCACUUCGAGGAGGAAAACAUGGAUUUGACUCAGCGGUUGCUGGCGUUGAAAAAUCAGGCAGCCGAUAAUCUAUAUGACAGAUCGAACUAUUCGUAGAUACGCCCUAGUGUUAGAAGACAAAGGAGGUUGAGAGGAAGAAGCAAGGGGAGGCUGCUCGCUUGCUCACGAUUCUAUUUGAGCCGAAUCUUUGAAUGGGUAAGAUUGCUUUAGCUAUAUGUGUCACGUUUUCUUUCUAUGCACAGAUAUGAUACCCUCUGAACGAGUUAUCCACAGUCGUACUUCAAGGUUUUUCCAGACGGAAAAUCCAGCUUUCUAGCAGCUAAGGACCCAGCCUGGAAUAAAGAGAGACAAGAACUGAUUCUGGAGAAGAAUAGCAAAU